GCGAACCAGUACUGGAAGUUCCGGCAUUUCUCGUUCCUUCGGUUCCCCGCCAAGCAUCUCCGGUCUAGGGACACCGGCUACGAGCAGCCUACGGCACACCCACUAGAUCGACGGACCCUGCGGCACAACGGCGGAGUUCAGGCGGCAGCUCCUUCGUCCUCCAUCAGUUGAGUUUCUGAUCCAGUGGGAGACAAUAGGCGGUAUUGAAGGAAGCAUCAGAUCAAUUUUAAAUCCACCUUCUCAGGCAUGUCAGCUCUUUUUAAUUUCCACUCCUUUCUGACGGUGGUACUGUUGGUGAUUUGUACGUGCACGUUUCUAAAGAUGCAGUUUCCCACCAUACUUGAACAGAAAACUGGGUUUCGGGGAUUCUUUUGGAAGGCGGCUAGAAUAGGUGAACGUUUGAGCCCUUGGGUGGCAGCAGGAUGUUUUACAAUGGGCGUGUCUAUCCUAUUCUUCUGAAAGGGGUUUAGCUUGCAAAAGUUAUAGCAAAUCUAUUACUUCAUCCAUUGACUAGUGUGAUUUAUUGAACCCUGUCGAUCCCAAAUCCCACUUAUAUAAUGAGGAUUAUGGAUCUCUGAGUUGAAUGGUUGAAGCUUGUUAUUGCGUUUUUUAUGUAGUAUUGCAGCGCAACCUGGUAGGUAGUUUCUGCAUAUAUUCAACGUUCAUUUCCCUCCUGAGCGGAGGAACGUGUCCGUUAUGAUCAUUAACUUGAGUAUUGAUAAAGUUCAUUGAUGAUUGUAUGCUUCUUGUGAUCUUUCCUCUUGGUAGGUGUAAGAGGCCAAUUGGCUAUCAUAAGUUGGAUUCUUCUUCAUCAUUUUAAUCCUAACAUUUGAUGAUGUUUAUAACA